GAUGAGCAGCCAGGUUUGAAGUCGCUGGUCUGAAAUAGUAAUGUCUGACAUGCCUGGGAGCUCUCGGGGACAAACCAGAGUCAUCUGUCACCUCUCGCCGCUUCACGUCUACCGCCACCUGGAGUCAGUCACUCUCUGGACUGGCUGGCCGGCCUCCAGGCCAUGUGCACAGCGCAGCCCCUCCAGCUAACUCUGGUUUCUUGCAGCCGUGCUGUUUCCUGCUGCCCAUCGGCCAAAGAGAUCCUCAUCAAUGCCCUUGAACCCCGUCCUGCAGAACUCCCUGGAGGAAGUCGAACUGCUCUAUGAGUUCCUGCUAGCUGAACUUGACAUCAGCCCUGACCUGCAGAUCUCCAUCAAGGACGAGGAGCUCGCCUCUUUGAGGAAGGCCUCUGACUUCCACAUCAUCUGCAAUCACGUGAUCCCCAAGAGCAUCCCGGACAUCCGCCGGCUGAGCAUCAGCCUCUCCAGCCACCCUGGCGUCCUCAAGAAAGAGGACUUUGAAAGGACAGCGCUGACCCUGGCCUACACGGCCUACCGCACAGCCCUGUCCCAAGGGCAUCAGAAGGACAUCUGGGCCCAGUCCCUCCGUAGCCUCUUCCAGGCCCUGCGGCAUGACUUGAUGCGGUCCUCAGGCCCCAGAGCAUCUCCCUGAGAGACUGGCCCGCACCAGGACCACAGAGCAGGGACCGACACACACAGUAAUCCAAAUACUCUUCAUUCUCUACUCCAUUUACAGAGCCCAGCAACAAAGCACAUGCCACCAACUCAGAGUAGCAGAGGUAACAUAAGGACGCCGUCAUGUUCUUUGCCCCUUAUAGAUUCCUGACAAGCACAUUUGAUUCAUGUCACAGUGUGACCUGGGCUGGAAGAAAGGGCUAGAGUGAUAAUUUCGAGAUGCCUCCAAAGGCCCAAUGAUUUGCCUGGCGACAUGUAGAAGUCUCAACCAUGCUCCAACACCAAGUGACUGCCCCCAACACCCAAGGGCGAGCACAGAGCUAGAGCAGACAACACAGAGGUUUGGGCGUGGUGGGAAGACGGGGGACAGACCUCAGGCUGUGAGGUUGAUUGAACAUCUUUCCAAAGGUUCUAUAAGUAAGAGACUAAAAAAAAAAAAAAAAAAAAAAACCCAACCUAGAGCUAUAGCCAAAUAAAUACAUGGUUAUCAAAGAUAUACUUCUCACCUUUUCCAAAAGUCACCAAGAAGGAUCAGUCAGAAAAUCAGUAAUUUUAUGACCUAUAGGUCUUGAUUCUUCUUCUCUGAAAGCUGAUCUAAUACAGAGGAGAAACAUGAAGGGGGCCCACAGAAAGGCUGCAACAGUCAUGCCUUGUCUUCCAAACAGAGAAAGCAAGCUAAUGCAGAGAGGGUCACCCUCAUCACCCUAAUGAAGACGUGGCACCAAUGGCCAUGUCUAGCUAAAUGCUUAAAAUCAUUUAGCAUCAUCAGAAAAUGAGGUGCUCCAAAUAAAAAUGAUUUUUCGGAUGACAGGAUUUCCCCUUUCAAAUGCCAAAACUUUCCUUUGAGCAAUAUUGACCUGGUAUCUUUUUAAAGCCUACAUAUGAAACACCUUAGGCUCUUAUUUAAUAUCUUUGAAACACCCUGAUGAAGGAGUUGGAUAAAAUAACCUUUAACAUUGCUUUAACUGCUUCUGAAAUGCCCGUGGUCAUUGAGCUAAGUGCGAGCUAUUACAGAGAGGACAGCAGGACCUAAGGGAACUGCUGGACUGUUUGCCCUGAUCCUGGAAGGCCCCAGGCUCUUCUAAUUCUGCAUGUGCUCUGAGCUCUUCUGCCGCCUUCUUCACUGUGAGGCUUUGAGAUGCACUUUUCUUUCUUGCCGACAGAACCCGCCCUUUGCAUUGUGUUCUUUUGUAGCUGCUAUCGCCUGAAGAACAAGAUGGCUAGGCUUGUUAUAAUUCUUGGUUAAGUAUGAGUUAGCAGAUGAAGAUCUCUGCUAGCAGGAAAGCCCUGGGCUCUAGGACAGACUUCCCACCAGCUCAGAGAUCUUUCUGGCUCUCCUGGGUUGACAGCCGGGUUUUGGAGGCUACCGUUGCAAGAGGUCUAAUCGUUGAAUGAGUGAGACCUUAUCGGGCUAAAUUCAAUACUGAAAUCGGUAUUUAACAGUUGUCAUUUGAUGCUGCCUGAAGCUGCUCUGGACUUCUUAAAAACUUUGAAUAAGUGAUUUCCGAGCCACACAAGCUGCAUGAUCACCUUGGAGAAAUAGUAGGAUGGAGGAAGAAGGUAUUCAUCAUCAGAGAAGCAUACAGCUUGGCAUCCUCAUGCAGUUGGGUUCAGAAGAUUAGUAACUGUCAGUCUCUCUGGUUCUCAUUCCCUGGUUAUACUUCUCUCUUACCUCCCUCAAAUGCAGUCUCUGAUAUUUGCUUUUUGUUCAGUUUUUCUCUUUCUAAUAUUACGUAUUCUCUUUGACAUGGUUACUAAGCUGGUCUCUUUAUUUCAGUUGGUGUCUCUUCUGCUCUAGCUUUGGGCCCAGUUCUGAUUAUCUUUGUGUCCACUUCUUAGAGGCGUCUCCCAGUCUCUUUGGGCUGACUUUUGCUCACUUGAACUCUGCCUGCCUGCAUUCUGAUACUCACUGUCUUUCCGCCCCCUUCGGGUAUCACUGUCUGACUCAAACAAAGGUCAAUGUACAGGGUCCGGGACUUCCCAAAAGGCAGAUUAGCCUCAUGGUCUGCCUCCGCUAUUUGUACUUUCCCUGGAUGUGGGGUGGGGAGGAGGUGAGCAGAGGUCUCAACCCUUCGACAUUGGGCAAUAGCCCAGCCUCAGAGUCUUGCAUCCCACCCCAGGGCUCCACCCCCCCUUAGGUUGGAUCUGAGUGCUUUCUUCCAGUCACUGGGUGGAAAGACCACCCUGUAGGCCCUCCCUGUCUUCCAUGUUAUGAUAUACAUGCCUGCUCCCAGGAGUAGGAGAUCCAUGAAUGGGAGGAUGGUUCCCAGGACCAGUGAUAAAAUGGUAGUUCAUUCACCCUGCAGCAAAAAAUUAAAGGCACCUGUGUAGUCAUAAAUCAGGGCCCAUAUUUUUGUGGCAGUCAAUGACUAAAAAAAAUAGAAACAAGAAGGGCAUGACCUUUUUAAAGACAAAUGACAAUUCCCUUUUUACUAACUAGAUGACACUAGUAAUGACUAUUUUAGGCUGAAUACAAAUUGACUAUUUACCCACAAGAACAGUUUAUAAUAGUAACUUCAUUUACAUGCAAAGUCAAAUAUAACACUCACCACCACUACCCCAAGAUCCGACCCUUUGCUCAAUGAACAGUAAAGUAGUAGACUGGACAGAAACGGACUGUCCCAUUUUGCCUCAUUAAUACCACACUGUAAUACCACGAUCACAACCAGGUUACAUUUUGUCAUAUGUACACAUAGAAUAAUCUAGGGCAUGGUGUCUGUCGUGGAAAUUUGCCUGUAACUUAUGGAAUUUGCCUGUAACUAAUUCUGCCAUUUCUAUACUGCUGGGGACUUUUAGGAUCUAAAAAUUCUGGAAGCGUCUUCUAGAGUUGGCACCCUCAUGGCUACUUCUGGUGUCACUCAAGAGACAUUGAAAAACAUCUAUGUGCUGAAACUUCCAUUGCUCUGUCAUCUCACCUUGAAUCUAAAAAAGAAUCGCCUCAGUGAUAAAUCAGUCAGAGGUAUUUCCACAGGUGAACGCUUGUCACAUGUCUUUACAUGGCGCCCCUUAGUUGCCUAACCCAUUUUAACAUCUUACAUUUUUUUUAUUGUAAAAAACACAACGUGAAAUUUACCAUCUGAAUGUCUAAGUGCGCAGUACAAUAGUGUUAGCUCUAUGCAUAUUGUGGUAUGACAGAUCUCUAGAACUUUUCAUCUUGCAAAAUUGAUACCUCUGGAACAACUCCCCUCCCCCACCCCCACAGCGCCUGGCACCUGCCUUUCUACUUUCUGUUACUAAGAGUUUGACUACUUUAGAUACCUCAUCUAAGUGGAACCUGCCUUCUAUUUCUCAAGCAUAGUAUUCUGGAAAAUGUUUCCUUCAUCUGAAAAAACGGAUAGAGUCACAAAGAAGAACUACUGUCUUAAUUGUGUCGCUCACCUUACCUAACUUUAUUUAACAAUUAUUCACUUAUGGUGUAAUAAAAAUGUCCUGAUCGAGUUUA